AUGGAUCUAGAUAAGCCUUUGCAUUUCAAAUACCUAGUGAAUGGGAGAAACUUUCACAUAGAAUAUGAAGAGCUGUAUAUGAUAUGCUUCACAUGUGAAAAGUUUGGUCAUAUUAAAGAAUGUGUAGAGAAAGCACAAAGUGCAACAGCCGGAGGUACAAAUGGAGACCAAGAUACGAAAAAUCAGACAAACCCGCAGGAGGAGAGCCAAAAUGGCAUCAAAGACAGGAGGAUAAGGAGGCCAAAAAAUAAGGGUAAAACAGUAAUUCAAAAGACUCCAAUGUUUGGGCCAUGGAUGGUGGUUAAAAAGCAAAAAAGGACAAGGAGACAAGCUAAUGGUGAGGGAGGAAAUGUGGCUGGAGGGAAACAGGUGGAAGGAUCUCCGAAAGAAUUUGUGUCAGGUAGCCAUAUGAGGAGGGCAAAAGCUUUGAGCAUAGCCCAAAAUUCAGAAAAGACCCAACCAGGUUCAAAUCAAGAUCAACCUAAAGCAACCCAAAAUGCUUUUUACCAGACCACCUUAAACAGAGCAUCCAAUCAGGAAAGGCCUAUGCACAUCCUAGGUAAGGACAAUAUGACUCCAACUGAAGUGGGGAGGGCCUUUCCCCAACCCCUUCUUAAUAAUAGUAAUCCCAACCCCUUCUCUGACAACCCACCUGUUACUGAUGAGAUAAUGGGCUCAGGAGACACUUUUGUGUUAGAAACGCCUAUUGGGCCUAUACCCCACCUUAAACCAUCGAACCCAGAAGGAAUGCAAUUCUUGGGUUCUGAAUUAGAUGAGAUUAUGAUAGAGAAAACUAUUGUCGUGAUGAACAGAGAUAACAGGUUUGGCCCUUUGGGGGAAGAUGUAGAGAUGGCCUAA